AUGGCUCCUACGCAGAACAACGCCUCAAAGGCAUCCAAGGUCAAGACACCCCAAGCUGGCAUCCAGAAACCAAGCAGAGGUGCUCAGAACAAGAAGUCUGGACCUCGUACUACCAGAAAGACUGCCACCGAGUCAUCUGUUCCCGCUGUAACACCGAGCAACGCCAGCGACUUACAGGAGGGAGAAGGAAGAUGGGUAUGGACGGAGAACCCGCCGACCAAAGAUCAGACUGCCUUGAACGGUCGUCAAAAGGGCCGCAGCCUGGUUCAAUGGAACCGCAAGUAA